AAGUCAACACAUCUCCACUCAUAUAUAUACAGGCUAGCUCACCGCUGCCUCUCAGCUACUGCCUGCUAUUCAUUCCUGUCACCCAGUACGGAGAGGAGAAACAAUCUGAGUGACAUCAUGAACAAGCUUCUGGUCAUCACUGUGCUCAUCACUCUUCUGGGCCUCAGUGCUCAGGGCCUCCGUCUGCCUAGGCAAGCUGAGGAGGGUACGCCUGAGGAACCGGUCGCAGAUGUUGCUGAGGCUGAUGGAGAGCAGGGAACCCUGGAAAAGCUGACCAGCGCCUUCAAGGGCUACUACGACACAUCCAUCAGCACCGCCUCUAGCUGGCUGGACAGCAUCGAUGGCCUGAAGCUGAAGGAGAAGGCCGCGAAUGCCCUCAGUGACACCACCGUGGCGGCGAUGACUUACGCUGGCAUCCUGCAGGACCAGGUCUACCACAUCUUAUACCAACAGUAAAGACCCUUCCUUGUUUCCCUCUGUGUCCCCAACGUCUUCAAAAUGUUUUUGUGAGGAGAGCGUCGCAGCUGUGGGCCCCUACUCUCUCAUCCUGGAGCCUCUGAUCAGCUUCACCAGACCUCCAACCCUCGGUGACGUCCCCCUGGAGUGUAGAUUGAAAUACAGUAUUAUUUUAUGUCAACAUUUUACGUUUCAGUCAUUUAGCGAACGCUCUUAUCCAGAGCGACUUACAAUUAGUGCAUUCAUCUUAAGAUAGCUAGGUGAGACAACCACAUAUCACAGUCGUAGGAAGUACAUUUAUUUUUACAAUAAAGUAGCUAUCAGCAAAGUCAGUGAAAGUAGGAAAAUACUUUUUUUUUAAAUGUUUUUUUAAUGUAAACGUAUCUUGAAAUAAAAACAUGCAUUUGUAGAAAACUAAUAAACCCUAUGUGUUUCUUGA